AUGGAUAUUCUUCUUCCUCCAGAGAAGAGUUUCAGAGUCGACGAUCUCGAAAUGGAUGCGAGUGAGACUAGCAAGGUCUACAUCAGUGUCAGCGAUCAUGUCAUCAGCAAGACUCGCUCCGAGCUCGUCUCCAAUGGAGAACUCAAGCUCAGUGUUCUUAACGAGAUUCACGCGACUUGGAAAAGGAAGAUGAUACAAGCAGGAGUCAUAAGCGAAACGAUAGAAACAUCAGGAUCCAAACCAGUGACUGCCCAUGCUCCUCCUCUCCAAUCUCAGAAUCCAAACCCUCUACCUGGAUAUGCUGAAAGUGGAAUUGACUCUGACGCUAAGGAGCGUGAGAUGUUCAUAGAGAACGAGCAUGAAGGAUUCUACAUUCCUCAGAAAGAUGGAUCUGCUGAUGGAUAUGGAGAUGAUCAUGCUGACAUAAAGCCAAACAUUUAUGCUCUUCCUCCUACUAAUGAAGAUGAUGAGGAAUUGAACGAGGAUGAUGAUCUUGAGGAUGAGGAAGGUGGUGGUCUCGAUGAUGAUGACAUUCAGGGUUUGAUCGUCUGUCAGUUUGAUUAUGUGAAGAAGAAGAAGCAGCGUAAGAGCAACUAUUGGGAGUGCAAACUCAAAGCUGGAGUCAUGCACAUCAACGGCAAACAAAUUCUUUUCUCUGAGGCUAAAGGAAAUGUUGACUUCUAA